CAGCGUCUUCGCUACGCUGCUCGCAACGAAACUAGAUACAGCAGCAAUUUGCCGUUAGUGGAAUUUUUCGGCUCUUCCAAGGUACAAGAACAUAAGAGUAACAACUUUAAAGCGGCGGUAAAAAGAAAAUUAGUUAUUCACAAAGCAAAUGCAAAUGGAAACAUAAAUAUUAAGCAGUGUAGUAAGACUUUUCAGUAAUACUGUGCAACUAAAAGGCGCUUCCCAAAAUGAUGUACCCAUGCAUGCGAAUGACGCGUGCACUACGCAAUUUGUACCGUUCUGUUUUAUUGUUUCUUCUUCUCAUACCCAUUGGGAUCGGUGUGUUCACUAUAUUUUGCGGGAGCUACGUAGAACAUAGUGUAAUACCCCCCAUCUGCGAGUCUUACAGUCAAAAUCACACCAGCGGCGCCUUAUGCGACGAGUUCUGCAUGAAGCCAUCGGCCUUUAGCGAUUUUCACUGCCUUCGCGGGAUUCCAGACGCAUUUACCGCCCAAAGAAAUGGGAAUGUUUACAAUUUCCAAUUGGUGGCGGAAUCGCUUGACGAUCUGACAUGGCGCGAUAAGAACGGCGUUGAUGUUUAUCCAAAAUCUGCAGACUUGUAUCACAUGGUCAAAAUGCAUCUAUUGGUCAAUUAUAAUGUGUCGCUGGAAGAUAAUGUGCUGAAACGCUUGAUCAGCAACGAAGUCGAUGAAAAUGAACCGACUCAAAUAAAAGAUUUCUGGAACCUUUUCAAUGACAAUGACUAUGUGAUGACUAAGCUAUUCGAAGAUGAAGCAAUACUGCCAACAAUGCUGGGCACUUGCGGAAGCAUGUAUGUAACGAAGCAUUUACAUACUCCAUUUGAGAUAAGAAAUGGUUUUACACAUAAACAUCUGAACUUUCAAACCAUAUACGAAUAUGUAUUGCGUUUGGACAUGCUCAAACCGGAUCCGGUGAAAAUCUGCAAAGUGCGGUUGGAUUAUUUUGGCUUAACGGCAGACCAUAGAGUCCAAGCUCAGAACGCGCGCUACUUGAUGUUGGAGACUCAACUGCUUAAGGAGCUGGGUAGCGGCAAAUCUUGUUGGUACGACACCGAUUGUCACUGGUUUGACUGUAUUGGUAGCUGUGUGAAAAAUAAGUGCAUCAAACCGCCAAGACAGAGUAAUGUACAACAGUUAUGUCAAUAUGUGGAUAUGAAUCCAGAAUUAUUUCGCUACUUUCGGGCACAGGACGAAAUGCGGAUACUCUAUGAGUAUGCGUGUAAGCGAAAGUACCGGAAGAACUAUUGGUAGACAGACAUAUGAAUAAACUGAGGUACAUACUCACAUGCUGAGCUGUAGAUACACUGAUAUGCAUACAUACGUA